GUUGACAGUCGGUGGGCAUUGAAGGGAAGUAGUGAGGAGCACACAGUUCUGCCGUUGGUCUCAGACAACAUAGGAACUAACAGCACUGACGACGCUGCGGUUAUACAAGGGCAGUUUAUCAGAUGGAUCACAGGAAGUGCUGAUCACAUUGUUAUUCUGAUUCUUCUCCUUGCACUCACAGUGAAGUUCAUAUUCUUUGAAGACAAGGAAGAACUUACAGAACAAUUCCUAAUGUCCUCCGCCACAGCUGCCUUGCAGGAACGCCACCAUGAACGCAAGUUUUCAACUUUUAUUAAUUACAAAUUGAUGCGGUAA